UUUUAUGGUCACACUGGGAAAAAAUGGAAAUUAGCAACGUUUAUCAGUUCAUUUAUACAUUUACCAUGCUUUUCGAUUGAAUUGCCCUUGUGUGCAUACAAAAACGUGAAUUGUUAAUCAGUACACCGAACAGAAGAUCUCCGAAUGAAGGCGUCUAGGUAAUACUUUGAGAGCCCUGUAAGACAACAUGUCUGAAGAGGCAAUUUCAGAAAGUGACAUGGAGGCUAGCCUUGACAGUGAAAACGAAGACAUGGAAAAUGAAGAAGAAGAAGAAGAAGAAGACAAUGAGGACAUGGAGGAAGAUGAGGAUGAAAAUGAUGGAGAUGACGAAGAAGAUCAUGUCGAUCGACCUGGAAGUGCCCAGAGCCAAACGUCGGGAGGGCCUUCCUCUGGGCCCCCGUCUCAGCCUGGAUCUCGACCAUCCUCCAGGCCUCCCUCCCCUUCUCAGCCUCCAGCCAGCCCAGACAACUCCAACCAGAGCAAACCAUCUUCCAGUAAAACAAAGAAACAAAAAACCUCUAAAUUAACCAAAUCUUCCAAGUCUUCAAAAGGCUCCAAACCCUCCAAGCCAUCUAAGCCUUUACACUUGAGGAAGAAUAUUAGAAAGCUGCUGCAAGAUGAUCAGCUGGAGGCUGGAACCAAGGCGGCUCAGCAGGAAGAGAUGGAGAGACUAAAACGACUGGAGCAGCAGAGGAAGGACUUUCCUACACCAGCCCCACCUGUUCCAGACUCCCAACUAGUGGAUGCUGCAGCAUUAUUAGAAGUCUCUGCUCUCCUGAGCAAGCAGGAUGUGAUCUGCCUGGACAGCAGUGGUGAGGAAGAUGAAAAAGCGGAGCCACAGUUGUCCACAAUUGACAGUAGAGAUGAUGUAAUUGAGCUCAGCUCUGGGGAAGAGGAUGCCCUGCAGAUUAGCAGCGAAUCGGCUGAUGAGGAGGCUGACAGUGGCACUGGCUCAGAAGAGAGCAGUGGCGCACACGUCAACGAUGCACUGAACCUACCUGAUGCCCACGGCCGGGUGCUCGUGAAUAUUAAUCACCCUGCAGAUGAGAAAGACAUUUUUCUUGCCCCACAGAUGGCCAGGGCAGUCAAACCUCACCAAGUUGGGGGAAUCCGAUUUCUCUACGAUAACCUCAUUGAGUCUCAGGAGCGGUACAAGACCAGCCUUGGCUUUGGGUGCAUCCUUGCUCACAGCAUGGGGUUAGGCAAGACGCUACAGGUCAUUUCUUUCAUUGACAUCCUGCUGAGAAACACUGAGGCUCACACUGUGCUCGCCAUUGUCCCUGUGAACACACUUCAGAACUGGUUAACAGAAUUUAACCUCUGGCUCCCUCCUCAAGAGGCCCUUCCUCCAGACACUGACCUCUCAGUUGUCACUGGCCGACCAUUUAAAGUUCACAUUCUCAACGAUGAGCACAAAACAACACUGGCCAGGGCCAAGGUUGUGGAGGAUUGGUCCAGAGAUGGAGGUGUGUUGCUGAUGGGAUAUGAGAUGUACCGCCUACUGACUAUGAAGAAGAGCUUUGUGAUGGGCAAAAAGAGGAAAUCAAAGAAGCCUGCUGGACCAGUCAUCAUUGACCUCGAUGAAGAGGAUCGACAGCAAGAACUUAUGAAAGGUAUUGAAAAAGCCAUAGCGCGGCCUGGUCCUGAUGUGGUCAUCUGUGACGAGGGCCACCGCAUUAAAAACUACCAUGCCAGCACAUCACAGGCUCUGAAGAACAUCCGCUCCAGACGAAGGGUGGUUUUGACGGGUUACCCGCUGCAGAACAACCUUAUCGAAUACUGGUGCAUGGUGGACUUUGUUCGGCCUGACUUCUUGGGGACGCGCCAGGAGUUCAGCAACAUGUUUGAGCGUCCCAUUCUGAAUGGUCAGUGUGUGGACAGCACACCUCAGGAUGUCCGCUUGAUGCGUUUUCGCAGUCAUGUGCUACACAGCCUGUUAGAAGGGUUUGUUCAAAGACGGGGUCAUGAUGUGCUCAGGGACCACCUUCCAAAUAAGGAGGAACAUGUGAUGCUGGUGCGUCUUUCUCCCAUUCAGAGAGCUCUGUAUACUGAGUUCAUGAAGCGCUUUCGAGAAGCAGGGAACAAUGGUUGGCUUGGCCUCAACCCACUCAAAGCUUUUUGUGUAUGCUGCAAGAUCUGGAAUCACCCAGACGUCCUCUAUGAAGCUUUGCAGAAGGAGAAUCAGGCCAACGAACAGGACAUGGACCUUGAUGACAUCACCUCAGCUAGUAACGCUCGCUGCCAAGCACCUAAUGCUGGCCUCAAGACCAAAGUAGCAGAUAGUAAAGUCAACAGCAGCCUCCCACAGCUCAACCCCUCUCAGGAAAGAGCCAAUCAAGUCAUCACUUAUGAAUGGGCAAAGGACAUAAUGUCCAACUACAAGACAGGAGUUCUGGAGAACUCGGCCAAGAUGGUUCUGCUCUUUCAUCUAAUUGAUGAAAGCGUGAGGAGAGGAGACAAGAUUUUGAUCUUUAGCCAAAGUUUGUCCACCCUGUCGGUCAUUGAGGACUUCUUAUCAAAAAGACCCAUCCCCCAAGGCUUCGCCUGCACUGACGGUCCGAACAAAAACUGGGUUCGCAACCUCAAUUAUUACAGACUGGAUGGGAGUACAUCUGCCUCAGAGAGAGAACGUCUCAUCAAUCAGUUUAAUGACCCAGAGAACAACAAAACAUGGAUCUUCCUACUUUCUACCAGAGCGGGCUGUUUAGGGGUAAACCUGAUCGGGGCCAAUCGCGUUGUUGUGUUUGAUGCAUCUUGGAACCCCUGUCAUGAUGCCCAAGCAGUGUGUCGAGUGUACCGGUACGGUCAGAGGAAACCCUGCUUCAUUUACCGCCUGGUCUGCGACUUUACCCUGGAAAAGAAGAUAUAUGACAGACAGGUCUCCAAGCAGGGCAUGUCGGACCGUGUGGUUGAUGACUUGAACCCAGUGCUGAAUUUCACUCGUAAAGAAGUGGAGUCACUGCUGCACUUUGUAGAAGAGGCGCCUGAAUCUGAGAGGGAAACCCCGGAGUCCGUGGAGGAGUUUGAGGAAGUGAUGUAUAAGGCUUGUCGGCUUUACCCAAAUCUCAUCACCAAGCCACCAUUCCACCAUGACUCUCUGCUUAUGGACCGCAAGGAAUCAAAACUAACUAAAGCAGAGAAAAGGGCUGCGAAGAAGAGCUACGAGGAUGAGAAACGAGCAUCCGUACCGUACUCUCGCCCAUCAUAUGCCCCCUAUUACCCAUCGAGUGACCACGCGCUUGCCAGCAUUGCUGCAUUUAACCAACGUGGCUGGCGCCACAUGUCGCGGUCGGAUGACAAGCCAGUAGCAAGUGUCCGGCCUAUCCAGUCAACGCCGAUCCCAAUGAUGCCUCGCCAGGUCGGCACGGGCACCUUUGCCACCAACCUCCCUGUCAACUUCCUUCAGAAAGCAGGAGUCUACGUGCAAAGGAUUGUCACCACAACCGAUAUUGUCAUCCCAGGACCCAACAGCCCGACAGAUGUUCAAGCUCGCAUUAGUGCAGGAGAGAGCAUCCAUAUUAUAAGAGGAUCUAAAGGUACCUACAUCAGGACGAAUGAUGGAAGAAUCUUUGCUAUACGGUCAGGGAAGAUCAGCAGAUCAGUGACAGGAGGAUCGGCAGCUUCAAGAGAUACCCAAGACCCCUCGAUGCACCCGCUUAGUAAUGGCUGUUCAUCGCCCGUGGAUCCGCAGCAGCACUCCCCUAACGACGAACAGCAGUCCUUCUCUCCAUUAGGCUCUGAGAUUCUCCGAGAACUCAGCCGCUACACUUCGACAGGCAGCACCACAUCUGGCAUGACGAAUGAACUGCCACUCCAGUCAGACGUCUCAUCUGCCACAGUAGGGGACAGAGUCGGGUCACAGACUGGUGAUCUCAGUAGGCAACUCGGUGACAACCUCCUGGGUUCAGCGUUGGAUAUGCAGGGAAGGAAACGGAGGCGCAGUGACAGCCAGGGCAACUCACACACAAAACGUGCUUCUGUUUCAGCUCACUACCCCGCACUGCCCAUGGGCUCCGGUGGGCUCAGUUUUCCUCCCGUUGGUUUGAACUCUUCACCCCUUCUGGGGAACCUCGGCCACAUGGGUCACCAACUUCUAAUGGCUGGUGGUGGUGGAUCACCAUUCCUCCAAACACCAGGACAACCGCUGGCUGACCUGCAUUCCAUGUUCCCCUCAGCGGGCACAGAGCUACUGAGACAACCUGCUACAGGGAGUGAGCACCUUCCUCCCCCCUCAUCCUCUGCAUUCUCUUCCGCAUCCACCACCAUUCCUAUGUCAUCUUCCCCCUCAGCAGCAACUUCUUCUUCCCUCCCGUCAGGUUCUUUGCCACCUUACUUGAUGAACCCCAACAUGGCAGGACUGCUGUCAUCGAGUUUCCCUCUAAGCUAUGGUCAGUCAUUGCUCUCUGAGCCACGGAUGUUUCCCACACCUCUCCUCCCGGGGUCGGGGGGGUUCUCUGCGCCUAGCUCCAAUUCCACCACAUCUACCUUUGUCCCCCAUUUCAACAACCCCACCUCCAGCCUUUUAGGGGCUGUCCUGACCCAACCAGAUAGACAUCCAAGUACAAUAAAUGGAGGUGACAGUUCGGAUGACGAUGUCAUAGUGGUGACAGGACAGUAACAGCAAGGAGGUAGUGUCACGUGUUACCUGUAAAACAUUAGGAAUGGGAAUGAUUACACAAUUAACAA